ACGUGACUCGCGGUGUGAACAGCGAGAGGAGAAAAAUCGAUGGCUGGGGCGAGGUGUGUCUGCGACGACGGUCUCGAGCGAGUCUAGACGCAUCCAUCUGCCGCAAGAACGAGGACCGCACCUCGGGGUUGCGACGGUCGCGCAAUUUCGCAAAGGGGGCAGGUCGGAUCACGGUUUCGCGGCCGACGCUGACGUGCGUUUGCGAUUGUCGCGCGCGCGAUCCACCGGGGCGGUGUGCACCUCGCGAAGCGCCUCGUCGCGAGCGAUCGGCCGUCUCCCUCGCCACACGAUGCCCGAGAACGCGAGCGUCCAUCGGCGACUCGGCGAUCGCACCGAACGCGUCCGCGAUACGAACGUUCAGCAGCACCCUCGCGCGUCGCAUCGGAUCAGGGUCUGCAAUCCGGACUAGACGCGAUGACGACGUGCUGGAUACACCAGAUUCCCGUAUGCGCUCAUAAUUAUAAAGAGAAAUUUAAUUUAAGGCUGGAAGACACGCGCACGUUUAAAAUACGUCCGCUCGAUAGUAAUUGGGAUGCUCUCUGCUACGCGUUGGAGCACGUAUGUAGGCGCGGUUGUUCUAAUUUUGGAACGCAGACGUCUUUUCCAAUCUCCAAAUUACGUUACAUCAUUUUUCACGAAAUGCAAGUAAAGUAAUCCACGUGCAAGUAUUUCAUCACAUUAUUAUAUGCGCAAGUGACUCUGUUCUCGUGAGUGAAAUAUUUACAUAUUAAAUAAAGAUGCUAAAUUCGUUUAAUUAGCAUUUAAAGCUACGUAUGUUAAUGAUCACAGUAUUUUUGCGUGAAUUAACGCUGCAGAUAAUUUUGUAACUAUUAAAUUGCUGCAAUAAGCGCCGUUAAUUCACAACGUUCCGCGUACAUGGUGUAUUAUUUCCGCUUGAAAACUCUAUUAAUUCCAUUUAAAUUUCCAGUAAUUCAACUAGAUUAGUAAUUCAGCGUUGCAUUCAAGUUGUUCGAGCCCCCCGAUCGACAUUGUUUAAUGACCAAUAACCGACGUUAAUGCCACAGCGUUACGUUUAUCUUUCCGUCCACGAGAAUUAUGUGUUGUAGCUUUACGAUUCGAGUGCCCGAUAAUUGGAGAACGUCAAAUCGUUUGCUCCCCUGCUCCACAUUAAACGGGAUAUUAUUUAUCGCCACUAUAAAGUACAUUUCCAUUUGCGCGACAUUGCGAAAAAAUAUUUACUGUAAUUACGAUGAUAGCAAUCACGUAUUUCCUCUGUCUCUCAUCUCUGUCUUCUAUAAAUUUGAUAACUUACUCGUUAACGCUAGGGUGUACUUAAUUAUCAUACUUGAUGAUCUUACGUUAGAAUAUAUUUGGACGUACGACAUGAUGGAGAGAUUGGUCUGAUUCACACAAAGGGGCGAAGAGUAACUCGUUAAUUUUAAGUAGUUUCUCUGUGAAAUUCAUAUUACGCAUAAAUUUCAUAUUGCUCACGUUACGCAAUAUCGUAUUGCUUUUCCAUUCAGAUAACUCGCUAUCACAGUUUAUUUUAUCACAUAAAAAUGAUAUGAGAAAUUCCAUCAAAUGGAACUUUCUAUCAAAUUAAAAAAAAUUCUGCUCGUAUAUUUUUUAUGUUUCGUCUCUCUUAAUUUGUUACAGAAUGACUUUAGAAUAAUUAUGAAAAAUCGGUUUUCUUUGUAUAUAUGAGAUUAAGUCUCUAUCACAUAAAGGAAUAUCGAACAUGUCGGUGCAAAAACCACGCGUCUCUAUCUCCAGUAAGAUAACGCGUUUGUGCGUUUUAAUGUCAUAGCAUGAUUGUCGAGAAAUCGGUGUACUUUCCUUGAAAGAGCGUUUGAAAAAUUAAUUUUGAAACUUCGAGAACGGAAAUAGAGUUCGCGGAGUCUCGUUCUUAAGUUACCUCCAAUUAGAGUCGCUCUAAGAGUAUUCUAAUUUCAGGCCCUGAUUACCAGGGCAUUCAGCAUCGAAAACUCAAAGAGUUGCAUCGAGCGGACUUCUUUCUAUUUAGACAUUGUGGAAAAAAUGGGGUGUACGAGGGAGAGGCUAUUUAGCUUCGCGCCGUGCCCCGGCUAUCUUUUUAUUGAUGUCAUACAAGUAGCGUGGAUCGAUAAGAACGAGCUGUGCAUGUAAAUGUGAUGUAGAAAAGAUAUUCGCGCGAUGUAACGCUGCAACUUGACUGGAAUGCGACCGGCACAGAGAAGUACGUCGCAAUAAGUUCUUUUCCGGACGAGGAUAACUAAUGUGCCGGUCAGAAUAUGGAACAUAACUCUUCCCACGUCACAUUCUGAAAUCAUAUCUUAAGAAAUGAGAAGGUAUUCCUUUUUCUAUUAUCUACCAUGAGUUGUCCGGUAAUUAUUUUUAAGCGCAAAUAACCAUUAUCUGUUACUGUCCAGCAGAACGUAAGAAGUUACGAAAGCAAAAACGAGUUUGCGCUUAUGCAAUUACGCAUUUGCCAGCGCAUUUGUCUCAGAUUCGCAAAGUGCACGAUUAAUCAUCGGCGAAAAGUGAUCGUCGUCUCUCCAUCCCUGCGUUCCAUCACUUCUAUCGCGCAGAAUGCAGGACAUCGGCUGCGGACGGUUAAUUACCGCCAUCCGCAACUUUGCUGCAUCAUUCGAGCGUAUCCGAGUCAUAUGAGAGGCAUUGAUACAUCUCGCGGUAAGAAAGCCGCUGCUGAAAUUGCCAUUCAUCGCGCGGCCUUCGGAUACGCGUCCACUUCCGCACAAAAUACGACCACGCGCCGCGUGCACGCUUCAGUACGACGCCGACCGUCGCCGAGCGAGGAGCAGUGGUCCGUUUCGCGCGAUCCGGAAACCGGUCGAUCGACGAGGUUCGUGCACUCUGAUAAUUGGCCCUGGCGUUGAUCUUGGUUCGUGUCGGCUUGUGGCGGAAAAUAGAAGUCGGCACACAACAGUUCAGAGGUCCACCACGAGAGAAAGCAGUCGCUUCGCGGAGUUGCAAUUUGCUCGUUCUAUCGAUCCGCAAUUAUGUCCUUCGGAAUAUUGAAGCGGAUACAAAGUGACAGUCCGACUGGCAGUUGAAAUAUAAAAGGGAAAUAGCAGAAGUGCCCUGCGCGCGAAACUUGUGCUCGAGCUCGCGUGAGUUACGAGUGAAUCUGUUCACGCGGACGUCGAACACACGAAAGAAAGAUGCAGAACGGAUUUACGGCUGACGAUGUCAUUUAUAAGGAUGUUGUUAUCAUAGGAAACGGACCCAGUGGAAUAUGUUUAUCGUACAUGCUGGCCGGAAACUGGCCUUACUACACCGGCGAGCCUCAUCCUGUCGACGAUAUGCUGACGGCGCGAUUGCGGUUCAGCACGACGAGGACCUGGAACGAGGACUGCGAUGACGCGACGAAUGACAUGAACACCGACGCGACCACCAACAACCGGCGUAAAUGCUGCAAACCCGGCAGGAUGCAGGGAGAUGGAUUGGCGCGUAGCACGCGCUACAAACUUGAAUCUCUCUCCUCUGGCAUCGAGGGCAGAGGUGGUGGUCGGCCCUUGGCACUCCUGAUGGACCAGCUGCAUCAUCCAUCCGUCGACACCGGUCUGGACGUGACCUCGCUCCUCUACUGGAGGUCCGCUGACGAGCAUCCCGAUCACAAAAUCGUGGACCAUGUCGUUCUCGGCAAAGGUCAACCUGGCGGCGCUUGGCAGUCUAUGGAUCCCAAUGUGCUGACUAUCAGUCUAAGCCGAUGGAUGUCUCUUCCUGACUUCGAUUUGAGACACUGGGAAAAACUCAUCGAGGCCGAGAAACUACAAAAGUCGAUCUUAGCAUCGGAGAAAGAUAUGUAUACGCGGCAGGAAAAGUCGAGCAAGAAGUCCAGUCGGAUCUCCAUGGGCACCGUAGCUGCUUAUUACAAAGACUACGUACGCAGGAAAAAUUUGGAACGAUACUUCCGUUGCGGGACCACAGUUACUUCAGUGAGGUCGGACACGGACUCGCCCGAUAGUAAGGGUGGCUACAACUGGAUCGUGAAUGGAUACGAGAACAAAAGCAAGAAGCGAUUUCGAUAUCGGUGCAAGCGGGUGGUCCUCGCGACCGGCACGACCGAUUUGGUGAAUCAUCUGGGCGUUCCGGGAGAGAAGACGCAUCUCGAUUGGGUGACGCAUGACCUCGUCGACCUCGAGACUCACUUGGAACGUCUGGCCGGCAAACGCAGCAAGGACUCGGUCGACGAACAAAAGCCCGUGUUAAUAGUAGGAGCCGGUCUGAGCGCGGCUGACGCGAUUAUGGCCGCGCGUUUCCGAGGCAUAUCUGUGCUGCACGCGUUCCGCAAUUCGUCGAGCGAAUGGGGCAAGGAAACCGCCGAGAGGAUAAUUACCAGUUACGACCGACUGCAAUGGCUGCCGAAUUCCAUAUACCCGGAAUACCAUAAAGUGUACGAGAUGAUGGCCGACGGAGGUACAAAUUAUUCUUUGUACAAAUCGCUGGCAGGAUAUACGGUUGUCAGUCUGAACGAGGAUCGCAAGAACGAGAACAUGAGCGGAAAGAAGACAGCCACUCUUUCUGCUCCGAAUGGCGAACUCCAUACGUUUGAGGUGUCCGCCGUGGCUAUUCUUAUCGGAUACAAGCCGGAUCUGUCAUAUUUGGAAGGUGGCGGCUUGGGACUGGGUAAAUUCGCGGACAAGUUGAUCGACAGCAAGUCAAAUCCAAUUGAGAUCGACGAUUUCACGUAUGAAGUGAUGAAAUCGCCGACGAAGGGGCUUUACGCGCUCGGGCCUCUAGUAGGUGACAACUUCGUCCGCUUCGUUCUGGGCGGUGCGUUUGGAAUCCUGGCGCACAUCCUGUGUACUAUGAACACCUGAGGUAUCUGACAUUCACUCGCGCGAACCGAUCGUGUCUUAACAAAAUUGUUUUAUACAUAUACAUGUAGACAAUAUAUAUAUCUCGGCAUGUACAUUAGCAAUGAGAUCGUGUGGGUCUUACUGCUCAACUCGUACAAGCACUGAAAGACAACUCUGCUCAGUCUUUCACGCUUUUACGAAGAGAAUCACUAGGCAAAUCAAUUUCUAUACACUGUUAAAAUUAUUUUUAUAUUCUUUUUCACAUUGUCACACUGUGCAAGGAGACGAUCGGCUUUUAUUGUACAUAAUUAAUUAUUUCGCCGAGAUACUGUUCAGUGAAGUAAACCGUGAUAAAGAGAGAAUUUUUGUGCGAUAUAGAAAUAUCAUAAUUCUAGAUCUGUUUGCGUUCGUUAACAUUCCACUUGGCAAAGAAAUUAUUUAUAGGAUUUACAGUAACAAUUUACAUAAUUUAACGUCUGAAAAUGCAUUUGUCAUCGGUUAAAUAUGAAUCCAUCCCUUUGUACAAAUGCCACACCUUUGUAGAAAAUGUACAUAUAAACAAUCAACAAUUUCUAAUAACGAGUUUCGUUACAGUAACAGUAUCUGCAAAAAUAUACAACGAAACUCUUAACAUAAAUUCUGUUACUCAAUUCAAACUUACGUUGCCUUUUUGUGAUUGACUUAAUUGUUCUUUACGCGCGUCUAUUUAUAUACGGAUUACAGCAAUAUUAAUUAUAUUUAUUUUCGUGGGACUUAGGAUCCAUAUUUGUAUAUAUAUUCUAUUACAGAAGCGCCGAACACAGUUAUAAUAAUUUAACAGAGAGCAUUUCUAUAUUUCAUAUUAUUUUCUAACAAUUGCGGAAGAAAAGUAUCACGAGAUGAAUCCAGUGAUUGCAAGGUAUUAAUUUUUAUGUAGUAUUUUUAGUCCGCUGUAUAAUAUACCUCUACAUCUUAAUGAUAAACUGUGAUUACUUAGUAGAAUCUAGUGACGUAAUAGUAAGCUCUACUAUAUUAAUGCAAUUUGCUGUAAAUCAGUGAUAUUGCCUUUUAAGUACAAAAAAUGUUUUCAUAAUACUUGAUUUUUAUUGUUACUUAAUAGCGUUUAUUUUAUACUUCGGUUUUACAAGCUGCACGCCUUAUUGUUUAUGCGAAUUCGUUUAUAAUUUGCAGUAUAUAUAAUCUACAUUAUGCAAGUUCAUUUGAUUUUAACAGUACGUUAGAGGAGGCAAAAUCUUUAUUAUUAAUUUUUGAUGAUUGAUUUUUUUGUCUUUAUUAUAUUUUAAGUAUAAAUCUUCAAUCUUGAUUGAGGUAUCUCAUGCGGGAAAUAUUCUUUUGUCAUAUCAAAUUACAUCAUGUGAACUUGCAUGGCGAGUUAAUACGUACUGUAAUAGUAAGCCUAAUGUAUUUAAUAGAUAAUGUUACAACGCAAGUUUGAUAUUAGCAAGGAAGCGAUAAAUACUGUACAAUGUACAAGAGGACAUUAGAAUUUAUCGAUUUAUAGCAUAACAUAGCAACACGCGUAUGAGAUUUUUAGAAGUUUUAUUGGUACGAAAGUUGAGAGAGAGAUAUAUAUAUAUAUAUAUAUAUAUACACAUAUAUAUUGAUAUUAGUUAGGACAAUGGUGGAAAUGAAGCGUACGUACGAAUAUAACAAAAAUACUUAACAUGCAAUCUGUGAUAAGCGGUGCAAUGUUCAAGAAGUAAUGAGAUAGAAGAGACUUUAAAUAAAAUAAUUCUUGAGCACA